UUACACGUGUCAAAAUCUAAGAUCAAUAGAUUUGCCACGUGUCACGAUCAUAUGAGUUAUUAACUUUGAAAACCAUACUUUAUAUAAUAAGAUAUCAGUUUCUUUUUUUUGAAGCGUUAAUUUCUUAAUUAUUAAUUUUUUGUUGGCUAUAGAAUCAAAUUUCCCAAAUAUCUUCCAGCCGAAAACUACACGCUCAGCAGCAAAUCAUAUGAUGUUCAAAGUCAUUGGUCAAUCGUCAUUGACUUUAACCUUUUAUUUUUAUGAAGUUGAUUUUAGACCUUUCGUGGCGAUAUUAUGACCGCUUCCAGUCGUUGGUCAAAUCCUUAGUCUGUCUUAUUUCUAAAUCAGUUUUCUAAACUACAAAAAUAAAAUUAAAAAGAAGAAGAAGAAGAAAAAGUGUUUCUCUAUAAUUAAACAGAGGGAAAGACCAAUAAAUAAGUGACUUGUAAGUCUUUUAAGUAUUUUGUGUUAUUUGUGUUCAGACGUUUCCUUGACUCUCCUAUUUGAUUUACGCAAAAAACAAAGUGUAGCAAAGGCCCCCCAGGGAAGUUGAUAUAUUAGCUACUACUGAGAGGUACACGUUCGGUGGAUACUGAUUCAUGGGUCAAUUCUCAAUUAUGGAGUUAACCGCAAGUCAAAGAUGCAUGGUUUGAUAGUUUCAUGGACUCGUAUAGUUAGUUAUAUUCGCAUCUUACAUUGAAGCUCUUUAAAUAUUGGGGAGCAAAUCCUCUGUUUCUAACUAAAACUUAGGAAAAAAAUGACAAGAAACGAGAGAAGCUGGUGGUGGGUUAAAGAGAAGAAGAAGAUGGCUUUGUUGUUCAUAACAAUAACAAUGAUGUUCCAAUUCCAACUCCAGACGAAAGGGUGUGUGGAAACUGAAAGGAUGGGUUUGUUGCAACUCAUGUCGUAUCUCAACUCUCUUCUAAUCCCCAAAGGAGAAAUUUUUCUCAAGUCAUGGAGUCAUGAUGAUCGUAGCAGUGACUGCUGCCAUUGGGAGAGAGUAAAAUGCAGUGACGCUAGUCUUGGUGCGAACAUCGUCCACCUUUCACUGAAUCUGUUGCAAAUUCAAUCUCUAAAUCUGUCUUUGCUCCAUAGCUUCCCUCAACUGGACACUCUUGACUUGUCAUCGAAUUGGUGCGAUCACUUGUUUGAUCCCAUCCAUGGUUAUAGGAGCCUUCAGAGACUGGAGAAGCUGAGGACCUUGGAUUUCUCUGGAAAUCGUUUCAACAAUAGCGUUGUCCCUUUUCUAAGUGCAGCGAUGUCUCUCAGAACUCUAAAUUUUGGUAGCAAUGAACUGAAAGGUGUCUUUCCUCCAAACGGUUUAGUGUUUCCUUCAUCUUUACAAGUGUUGAAUCUUAGAAGGAAUCAAUUGUCUUCGACCCCCAAAGGCUACUCAGAGAUCUGCAGACUAAAGUAUCUCCAAGAGCUCGAUUUAGGCAGCAAUGCUUUGACAAGUAUGCCUUACUGUCUGAGUAACCUAACCCGUCUUCGAACUCUUGAUCUAUCAGGCAACCAAUUGAACGAAAACUUGUCUUCCUUUGUGUUUGGUCUACCACCAGCACUUGAGUACUUAUCACUUCUUGAUAAUAACUUCAAUGGUUCGUUCUCGUUCAAUUCACUGGCCAAUCACACAAGACUCACAGUUUUCAAAUUGUCAUCAAAAGUUGGUAUGAUCCAAGCUCAGAGUGAGAGCUCGUUGGUUCCACUGUUUCAGUUGAAGAUUCUAACAUUACAUAAUUUCAGUCUUGGCAACACAAUUCCUGGUUUUCUUGUUCAUCAACAUGACUUAAUCUUCAUUGAUAUUUCUUAUAGCCAGUUGACAGGAGCAUUUCCAGCUUGGCUUUUGCAGAAUAACGCAAGACUGCAGACUAUUUUACUGAAUAACAAUUUGUUGACAGAGCUUCAGCUACCAAAGCUGGUUCAUGGCUUACAAGUUCUCGAUAUCUCGAGUAAUAAGAUAUUCGAUUCCAUUCAAGAAAAUAUAGGGAUUUUCUUUCCACACCUGAGGUACAUGAACUUUUCUUCAAACUAUUUUCAUGGAACCAUUCCAUCUUCUAUGGGAAUGAUGAAAAGUCUACUAAUGUUGGACAUGUCAUUUAACGAUCUAUGGGGUCAACUACCUAAAACAUUUUUAAGUAGUUGCUACUCGUUGAAGUUUCUGAAGCUUUCCAACAACCAACUCAAGGGUGAGAUAUUUCCGGAGUAUGCAGAUCUUACUAGCUUAGCUUGGCUAGCUCUUGAUAGCAACAAUUUUAGUGAGAGUCUCGGAGAAGGUCUAUUGAAGUCAAAGAAUCUAACUCUUUUAGACAUAUCAGAUAAUAACGUUUCAGGCUCGCUCCCACUUUGGAUUGAUAGGAUGUCAAGCCUUGAGUAUCUAUACAUGAGGGGAAAUCAGCUCAACGGUCAUUUCCCUCGCCAGCUACAGAAUCUAAAGCUUAAGGUUAUAGACAUCUCACAUAAUAGCUUCUUUGGUUCUCUACCAAGAAAUGUUGAGUUUCCAAUUCUGAGAGAGUUAAGACUACAGAACAAUGAGUUUAUUGGCUCAAUUCCGGACGCUUUGUUCGAGGCUGAGCUACUGGAGGUGAUUGAUAUGCGGAACAACAAUUUUUCUGAUAUGGUUCUGAAUAAUGUUGCCAAGGCAUCUAAUUUAGGUGUUCUUCUUCUACGGAGUAACAGUUAUGAAAGUCACAUCCCUGAGAAACUAUGUCAGCUAAGUGAAGUUGGUAUCUUGGAUUUAUCUCAGAAUAAAUUCAAAGGUGUUAUACCAUCAUGUUUCAGUAAAAUGUCUUUUGGUGCAAAAAAGUAUGACAGCAACAUGUCAUUUGAUCCAGUGGAAGGCUUCUCACAAGUUUCAUUCUCGCAAAGUUGGAGUUAUACAUCAGCUAUCAACCUCGAUGAUGAUUUCGCGUAUGGUGCUCAACGGACACCAGCAAUCAUAGUGGAUUUUCUAACGAAAAGAAGAUAUGAAGCAUAUCAAGGUGAUAUUCUGCGUUACAUGUAUGGGUUGGAUUUGUCAAGCAACCAAUUAUCUGGUGAGAUUCCAGUUGAGAUUGGAAACCUUCAAAAUAUCGUAUCGUUGAAUUUGUCAAGCAACUACCUCACUGGCUCCAUACCAGAUAGCAUUUCGAAGCUGAAGGAUUUGGGGAGUCUUGAUUUGUCCAACAAUAAGCUAGAUGGAAACAUCCCUCCUGUGCUAGCCGACCUCAACAAUUUAGGAUUCUUCAAUGUCUCAUACAACAAUUUGUCAGGUGAAAUCCCUAUCAAAGGCCAUCUUCUAACCUUCCCGGAAAGGAGCUACAUAGGCAAUGCUCAUCUCUGUGGACUUCCUACCAAUAAAAGUUGCAACCCCGCGAGUGUCCCAGAGUCGAGUGCAUCAAAGCAGGCCAAAGAGGAAGAGGAAGAGGGUGAUGAUGUGAUAGACAUGGUGUGGUUUUAUUGGACUUGUGGUGCAGUCUACAUUACCACAACCUUGGUCUUGUCAGCGUUUCUCUGCGUCGACUCACGCUGGUCCCGUGAAUGGUUUUAUCAGGUCGAUCCCUUGGUUCGUUCUUUUGCAAGAAAAUGAACAAAGAGAUACAGAACACAGAAUCUUUGUAUAAGAAGAGGCAAUGCCAAUCCUUCCACUGCAUUUUUUAGUUACCAAAACUCUUUUCCUCUUUGCUUCUUCUCUGCAUAACUUGCUUAUAGUCCACAAAAACAAAACACCUAACCACCAAAAACAUUGUACUAGACCAUCUCGGUAAGU